GUAACAUCCGGAAACCUCUCCGCAGCGCGCAUAUAUCCUAUACACAUAUACCUUCAAAUGACGAUACUGAGGGAUUCAUAAGUCGUGCUAGCCGUGCACCGAACGCGUGUAUGGUGCUACGUGCAUGUCACGGCAAUACAGUUAAAUACAGAAUCGCAGUGUGGAGAUGUAAGUGUAUUGGAUACAGAAUGUAACACACACAGAAGUGUAGGAGAGGCUGUCGCCAUUGUCUAUUUUACAUGUGGUUUGGUUCCCGUGGAUACUGGAUACACUGUCAAGCUUUAACGCAUGUGCAGGCACUGUAUAAAAUAAUGAAAAAUAUACCAGCAUAAACCACAGAAAUGGAAAAUGACAAAGAGAAAGCUAGCUGCAAAGCGGACGAUUCCGGUGUAUCGGGGAUGUCGUCCUCCGUUUCCGGUUCCGGUUCACUGCCUGAAGAAGAUGUUCUUGCUCCAGAUGGAGGCUGGGGAUGGGUUGUCUGUUUUGGAAGUUUUGUGACUAAUUUUGUACUGGAUGGUACAAUGUUUUCUUUUGGAGUGCUACUUAUUGACCUGUUAGAUUUUUUUGGCGAAACAAAGUCGAAGACAUCCUGGGUAGGAUCGGCUCUGGUCGGAAUGAGUAUGAUGAUGGGACCAUUCGUGAGCCUACUGCUACGACGACACUCGAUCAGAGCUGUGACUAUAAUGGGAUCCAUCGUCGCCUCGUUCGGUUUCAUCAUUUCUAUCUUCUCUCCAAAUAUUGAACUUCUUAUCAUAACGUAUGGCGUCAUUGGCGGGAUCGGUUUCUGUAUGAUGUUUAUCCCAGCAAUUAUUGUCGUAGGGCUUUACUUUGACAAGAAGCGCGCCCUGGCGACAGGAAUCGCAACUAGUGGUUCCGGUUUAGGAACGUUUGGUUACGCCUACUUGACCGACGCACUCCUUUCGACAUACGGCUGGAGAGGAACAAUUCUCAUAUUGGCGGGAAUUGUAUUGAACGUGGUCGUUUGUGGAUUAAUCUUUAGGCCGCUAUUAAGAAGAAAAGGCAAUGGACAUUUUCAAAAGGGAGACUGUUGUAGUUACAAAGCGCCCUCUAGUGAGCUAUCUGAUUACCCAGAAGUCACUGAAAGUCUCUUGAACCGGAAGUAUACUUUUGAUAGUAAUGAGUUUGUAAAAAGUGGAACAGAAAAAAAUGAUUAUAUUAUUUGCAACGUACCUUUGGGAUUACAUAAACUAGAUAGGUUAGAUAUUAGUAAGAGUUAUGACGUCAUCAUUCCAAAAGACCGUAUUUCAGACCGGAAGUCACGAAAAUUUUCAAGUGUUGUUGACUUAAAAGAGGAAUACUGUGAUGUCUCGUCAUCUAUGCCGCCAUCUCAAAUAAUAAACCAGCGACUUCUGAAACCAAUGAUGAAAAAAGAUAUAUUUUACAGUGGAAGUAUUCAAAACAUAUCAGAAGUUCAAAGUGCACGAGAUUUAAAAUCGGCAAUUGUAGCCUUAACCAAAGAUGACAACGAAAGUAGAUCCCAGCGACCUUGUUUGGGAAUUGAUAUCAAUGACAUUUUCUGCUUUGAAUUGCUGAAGGAUCCCACGUUUCUGCUACUUACCAUUUGUAUGACUACCUGGACAGCUCAAAUUGUCUCCCUUACCUAUCUACCGGAUAUGGCGUUAUCGAAAGGACUUCCUAGAAAUCAGUGCGCCUUCUUAAUCUCUCUAGUCGGUAUUACAAACAUCGUCGGCAGACUUGUCUGCGGUUUUAUAACCGACUGCUUACAUGUGAAAAGUAUUCACAUUUACGCAUGCGCACUAUUUGUGGCAGCAGCUAUCAACUUCCUGUUGCCAUUCUGUGAUAGCUUCUACCUGUUUGCAAUAUGUGCGGGGAUUUUUGGUUUCUGUAUGGCUUCCUCCGUCUCCCUCCGGACAAUCGUUCUUGCUGACCAUCUGGGGAUAGACAAACUGACGAGAUCGUUUGGAUUGAUCGCCUUGUUCCAAGGAAUUGGGUUCAUUAUUAAUCCACCAUUAGCAGGAUUUCUUUUCGACAAAACACAGUCUUACGUCUUUCCUUUCGCGUUAACCGGAUGUAUGUACCUUGUAUCCGGAGGAGUUUGUGUACCUUUGUUGCGCAAGCGCAAAUCAACUUCCGGGGAGAUUGACAUCGAGGUGACAGCGCCGGAUUCCUCCGACGAAUCUGUGAUAGACUGACGAAAUAAGAUUUUUUUUUUCAAUUCAUAGAGGAAUUAUUCAUCUAGACCGUCCAUACACUGCUAUUAAUAGUAUUGCAAAAGUUAGUAUCUACAUAUAUAUAGAAUCUCGUUCUCCGUUUGGUAGCCUGUUGAGGUAAAUAAUGUAUAUUGGACAUUCAUAAUUACAAGAGUUACCUCCCUUCCUCUAUAGGGAAAUUGCAGAAACUUGCGAAAUGAUUUUGAGUACAAAAUUGUUUCACUGAAUAAAGAUAUAUAACCGGUAAUAUAGCGGAAAGACUGGGCUUCGAACCAGGAACUUCUGGACUCGAGACGGGCGCUUUAACAUAUUAUGUCUGGCCAGUAUAUUCAGACACAUAUGUGUCAUUUAUUACAAAUCAUAUUGUCUUGGUAGAUAGUCAUUAAAAUACCAUGAAAAAUAUAUUUUGAAGAAAAAAAAAAUACAUUUAGCAUUUUUAUCUUAUAAUCGGUAGUUAACAAAUGUCAAAGGUAAGACAAAAAAGAAAAGAUAAAAAAAAAUCAAAAAAAAAAUCAGUAUAUACACCUGUAUGGAGAGGUUUAAUUGUUGGGAGGUGUUCUCUUCUAACUCUUAUUCUAAGCAAUAAAAUAUAUCAAUUUAAAACAUGAA